CUUAAAGCGUAGUGCAGCACGUGCCAUCCGCUACCUCAAUGACUUCACCUGUCAAAUGUAACGGAUCUUCAACGUCAAAACAAAAUGCACUCUAACUAGGAUGUCGGAGUCACCAUUCCUAACAAGGUAAUUAAGAGAUGAGAGUCCCAGGGCUUGGAGCCUUCGAAUCUCCUUUUCUUUCCCCUGUCAAAACUCGCAGCUUUUUGUUUGAAGAAGUUACAUCAGCUUGAAGUAUGAUGACACUUAGACUCAGCAGUCCUGCACCUCUGCUCAAAUUUCUCCACAGACAAUGUUCCUCUAGACUCAUCAUAUCCGUUAGUUCUUCAUUCAAUUUCAAAAAUAUCAAUCCAUCACGUUCAAGGAGUCUGCAUACUAAACCACCCAAAAUGGCAGCAAUCGUCGACACAGUCAGAUCCACCAUCGCCGAGAACUUCGGCGGGGCAAGUCACUCCCUCGCAAAACCCGAACAUCAAUUCUCCCUCUCCGAGGUCCCUGACUUAAGUGGGAAAGUGGCACUCGUGACCGGAGGGUCAGAGGGUAUAGGAUAUGGCUGCACCCACACGCUGCUCUCGCACAAUAUAAGCAAGCUGUUCAUCCUCUCGCUUUCCCAGGAAGUCGUCGAUGGAGCGUUGAAUUCGAUAAGCGAGGAGAUGGGACCGGAGGCAGCGAGGAAGGUUACGUGGGUCAAAUGUGAUGUUGGAAAUUGGAAGGCUGUGGCGAAGACAGCAGAGGAGGUUGCUGAGAAGACGGAUAGACUUGAUAUCUUGAUCUUGAACGCAGCGAGGGGAAUUAUGACCUACCAACUCACCGAGUAUGGAGUCGAUCGGCACAUGGCGGUGAACCAUUUCGGGCAUGUGAUCCUGGCAAGUCAUUUGAUGCCCCUAAUGAAGAAGACUGCGGAGAAAGGGGACUUCGUCAGGAUCGUGACGCUGGGAUCGAACGCUCACCAAGCUACGCCUUCUGACUGCAAAUUCGAGAGUUUGGAGGAGUUGAACACAGAUCUUGGACCUAAUGGACAGUAUGGCCGAGCGAAAUUGGCACAGAUGCUGUAUGCGAAGUUCUUGAACAAGCAUUUGACGCAGGGGAAGGAGCCGAAGAUCCUGGCGAAUACUGUACAUCCUGGGUUUGUGGAUACGAAGAUGAGUCAGGAGGAUAUACACGAACCCUACCCACUUGGCGGUUAUGCGAUGAGUGUGGGAAUGAAGCCAUUUAAGAAAGAUCAGUGGCAGGGCUGCGUAAGUGCUGUCUUCGCUGCCACGAAAACGGAGAGGAGUGGCGAGUAUGUCUGUCCACCUGCCAUUCCGGAGAAGGGGAAUGCGUUGUUUCAGGAUGAGAAACUGGCAGAGAGUUUGAUGGCGCUGACGAGGAAGGUGGUUAAGGAGAAGAUGUAUGAGGAGAGCAUAGGGAAAGGGUGUCCGAUGGAGUUUUACUAGAUGAAGCACUCUAUAGUACUAGUUAUUUUGGGGACAAUGGGCACUUGGA